UUCAGUUAAUUGGGGUGCUCAUUAUUUUUUUAGCAUUAUACUAUCAAGAGGUAAAAUGUAGAACAAUAGCAUAUUACUCAAUUAAGGAUAAGAUAAAAUUCGUCGGGUCCAUGAAUCAUGCGACAGUGACAUGAUUUCUGAGUGAAAAAAUUACUCAGAGAUACACAGCAGUCCUUGGAUAACUCGUGUAAAGGUCAAGCGCGAAGCUUAACAAUGAAUAGUAGUACACGCUGAUAAUAAUUCUAGAAGCAACUAUUCCAAAAUUCCCCACAUGAUUCAAUAAUGGAAAACCCGCAAGGAACUUAUCAGGAGAAUUCCCUGGGAAUAUUCGAAAUUUAUAGUGACCCCUUUUAUGAAUUAAUUAAAUUUAUCAAACGCCAAUCAGCUAUCCGCUUCCUUUGCAAGUAUAUUUAUAUGGAAAAAUGAGAUGCUGGAGCUCAUAUGAGUUUGUUUUUCGGCCGACAUGACUUCGGCCGGUGUUUAUGUACCUUAGUCUUUGAAGUUAUUACGAUGAUUUCUGCUUGCCUUUUUUAUUUGACUGUCUUUCUGGCGGUUGUUCAUAUUUUCGGUGAAGAUGAAUUAGUGAGGAAGGCGAAGAGUGAAUUCCUCCAGUUUGAGAGCCACCACCGUAGCGAAGAAAAAUUUGAAGCAGAUUCAGCCAAAAGUCCUGCAGGGUAUUAUGGGUCAAUCGGUAAUUGUGGAGAAAUUCCGAAUCCCCCGAUCAAUGGACGGAUCAGCUGUUCCGGAACUGGACACUGCCGUGCCGCCUGUAGUAGAUACUAUCAAUUCCCAAAUGGAGCCGAGACUUUGCUUAUCAUGUGUCAAGAUGGCAACUGGAAAAUACCGGAUACACAGGGAUCCAUUAUCCCGGAUUGUCAACCGGUCUGUCUUCCCCAAUGUUUGAAUAAUGGUAUUUGCAUUGGUCCUAAUCAAUGCGAGUGUUCAGAAAGCUUCUCCGGCCCCCAAUGCCAAUUUGAGACUAAACCCUGUUUGAAUCUUCCGCCGCCAGUACAAAACUCGGCGCGACGAUGCAAUGAAAAGACAUGCACGGUAUCUUGCAUGAACGGUUUCACCUUUCCGGAUGGUUCAUCAAUAACCAAUAUGAACUGCAAAGAAGGAAACUGGAUUCCAACUCGAACCGACUGGUCUUCAGUUCCUAGCUGUACACCCGUUUGCUCUCCUCCAUGUGAGAACGGUGGAAUCUGUUUGGCUCUGAACACUUGCCAAUGCCCCCAAGAUUUCCGAGGCCAGCUGUGCCAGUUCCACAUAGAUCGCUGUAACGUUAGAAACCUGGCCUUUAAUGGUGGAUACCAAUGUCAUGGAGACGCAUAUUCCUACUCAUGUACCCUUAAUUGCCCAGAAGGAGUUGAGUUCUCAACUCCACCUGCCACAGAAUAUACUUGUCAAUACGAAACUGGAAUAUUUGAACCACAACCAGUUCCCCAAUGUCAACCGAAACCUGGAAGUGAGAUCUUUACUAUCGGAACUAUCAAAAACUCCUACAUAACGACGACAAAUCACUUCUGGAGGGUCGAGGGAUCCAAGUCCAACAUGGCAGCAUAUGACCAAGAACUAAUGAGGAAUGCUUUCCAAAAGAUUAGACAAGGAGGAGAUAAAGGUGGAGUCAAAACUGGAGCAGUCAAAGGUGGACAUUACGAAGUUCAUCAGCAAUUAGAAAAUACAAUCCUUGAUCAGUACGAACUAUUCUCCAAUACUUCGGCUGAAACAGAGCUGAAGAAACCUGAAGCAAAGACUUGUUUUACUUGGGGAGGAAGUCACUACAAGACCUUUGACGGUGCAAUAUACAGUUUCUCAAGCAACUGUCCGUACACUUUGUUCCAAGAAACUCGUGAUGGAAUCAUUACCGUAAUAAUCCAAAAUAGCCCGGGAUGCCCUAAUGAAAGAUCCUGUCAUAAAAUAAUGAAGAUCUUCCUGGAAGGAAAAGAGUUCACCAUAGCUCUGAAUGAACUUGGAGUUCCAACUUUCAGAACAGUGAAGAAAAUUCUGCCGAUUCCAGCGCAAUUAACUGGAAUAAGAGUUCAAAUGUCUGCACACUUCGUCAUAGUUUAUUUAGACUCUGUAGGUGCUAGUCUGAAGUGGGAUGGUGGGUUAUUUGUUCAGGUGAAGGCAUCCGAGUCUCUGUGGAACAGAACGGCCGGACUAUGCGGAAGGAUGAAUGGAGAUGUGAGGGAUGAUAGAACUGGUCGAGAAUGGAAUCAUCACAGAACAAUUGCUGCGUUCACAGCUGAUUGGAAGGCUCAGAAUAUCGAAGAAAUGUGUGAUGAUUAUCAGCACACUGAACAUUCUUGUGGGAAUGAUUUGGUCCUUCGAGAAGAAGCAGAGAGAUUCUGUGAGCAAUUGUUCUCUGAUCCGAAGUUUCGAGACUGUUCGAAGGUUGUUGACUUGGGGCCAUUGAAGGCAACUUGUCUGUGGGAUUUUUGCCGUUGCAAAGAUGGAGAUCAGAGAAAUUGUGCUUGCGAUACUAUGAGCGUAUAUGCGCGACAAUGCUUUCAUGAUGGAAUCACGAAGUCUGUUGCUUGGAGGAGAGAAGAGACUUGUCCUAUGAGUUGCAGUGGAGGAAAGAUUUAUAAGUCGUGUGGACCUCAAUCUGAACCAUCUUGUAAUGAUGAUGCUGCUUCGAUAUCGGACAAUAUUGAUAAGCUGGAGUGUGAAGAAGGCUGUUUCUGUCCCGAAGGAACUGUUCUUCAUGAGGGGAAUUGUAUAUCCCUGGAUGAGUGUCCUUGUAGAUUGAGAGGGAAGGUAUUCCAACCUGGUGCAACCAUUCCUAAGCAGUGUAACACUUGCACGUGCGCCGCUGGCAAGUGGAUCUGCACGCAAGUAGGAUGCGGGGCUAGGUGUGCUGCAGUUGGAGAUCCUCAUUAUGUAACCUUCGACGGGAAGCAUUAUGAUUUCAUGGGAAAGUGCAGUUAUUAUUUGGUAAAAGGGGAAAAUUACAGCAUUGACACAGAGAAUGUUGCUUGCUCGGGAGCGAUCUCUGAGGCAAUGGGCUUCUCGCGAGAAAACUCUCCCGAACUUCCAUCGUGCACCAAAUCUGUCACCAUUCGGCUACCAACUACGGUAAUCUUUCUUGAACAGAACCACAAAAUAGCCAUCAAUAACGAGGACGUGACAAAACUUCCUAUUUCGGUCUCUGGCGUAAAAAUCUGGCUAGCCAGCAGUAUUUUUGUAGUUGCACAACUCCCAAAUGGUCUCGAGGUGUGGUGGGACGGCGUCUCCCGAGUCUACGUCAAUGCUCAUCCCCAAUUUCGAGGCAAGACCCAGGGUCUCUGCGGAACUUUUACCGAGAAUCAGCGAAACGACUUCUUAACUCCUUUUGGAGACAUUGAGCAAUCUGUCGUAGAUUUUGCAAACAAAUGGAAGACAACCGAGCAAUGUGAAGACAUACCUCAGAAAGAGUUCUCCCAUCCCUGUGAUGCGAACCCAGAACAUCUGGCUACCGCCGAGAAAUAUUGUUCAAAAAUUUGGGGCGAUUUAUUCACAACAUGCCACUGGUACGUGGACCCAGACAUUUUUUAUAAGGACUGCAAAUACGACAUGUGUGCUUGUGCGGACUCAAUCUCUCACUGCCUCUGCCCAAUACUGUCAGCCUACGCAAAAGAAUGCGCAGCAAAUGGCGUGAAAAUUCCUUGGCGAACAGAAGUCGAAGAAUGUCAGUUACACUGUCCGGUAGGUCAACAGUAUCAGAUCUGUGGAAACAGCUGCACAAGGUCUUGCAGCGACAUCUCUUUCAAUAAGGAUUGUCGCCAAGAAUGUGUCGAAGGGUGCAAUUGUCCAGAGAGUCAAACCCUCAACGCUUAUGGUGAAUGCAUUCCCAUCGGGCAGUGUCCUUGCACCUUCAACGGAAUGGAGUUCAAAGCAGGUCAUAAGGAAAUUCAACCUGGGACGAAAAGUCAGGAAUUGUGUACUUGCGCUGGGGGUUUAUGGAACUGUAGACCAGCAACUAAAGAAGAAAUUGGGGUAUAUCCUCCUGUAACUUUGAACAACGUCUGCAGUGCCUCGAGGAACCAAGAGGCAACGACUUGUGAGCCUAUUGAGCCUAGAACCUGCAGAAAUAUGCAUCAACCCAUCAACAAAAGCCCUGCAAUCUGUCGUCCGGGGUGUGUUUGUAAGGAAGGAUAUGUCCUCGACUCCGUAAGGCAUGAAUGUGUCAAGAAGGACAACUGUCCUUGUUACCAUGGCGGCAGAAGUUACAAAGAUAAUUCAACGAUGCAGGAGGAAUGCAAUACUUGUAGAUGUAAAGGAGGAAACUGGACGUGUUCUGACAGAAUUUGUUCCGGAGUGUGUUCAGCUUGGGGUGACUCACAUUACAAAACAUUUGAUGACCGGAAUUAUGAUUUUCAGGGAAUUUGCGAUUACGUACUUGUUAAAUCCAGCUUUGGAGCUAAUGAUUGUUUCGAAAUUUCCACGCAGAAUGUCCCUUGUGGAAGUUCUGGAGUCGCUUGCUCGAAAUCAGUAACCCUCACCGUUGGAAACGGAAAUAAGCAGGAGAAGGUUACCUUAACUAAAGGAAAAGCCCUACUCAAAAGAAAUUUCCAGAGGAUUGUAACGAGAGAAGCUGGAAACUUCGUAUUUCUUGACGUUCCUGACUUGGGAUUGACUCUUCAAUGGGACAAGGGAACACGAGUCUAUGUGAAACUAGACCCCAAGUGGAAGGGGAGGACCAAAGGUCUUUGUGGAGACUACAACGAUAACAGUGAGGAUGAUUUCAAGACUCCUUCAGGUGGAAUCUCAGAAGCAUCUGCCAGAAUUUUUGGAGACUCUUGGAAGAAGGAUAACUAUUGUCCUGAACCUACAGAAAUUACUGACACCUGUGCUCUACAUCCAGAACGAAAAAUAUGGGCGAUUGCGAAGUGCGGAAUACUCAAGAGUCCUUUAUUCCAAUUCUGUCAUUCAGAAGUCGACUUUGAACCCUACGUAGAACGCUGCACCUUCGAUACUUGUGGGUGCGAUGGUGGAGGUGAUUGCGAGUGUCUUUGCACCUCUCUCGCAGCUUAUGCUCAUGAAUGUAAUCGCAGAGGAGUUCCAGUGAAAUGGAGAUCUCAAGAACUUUGUCCCAUGCAAUGUGACGAGAACUGCAGUAGUUACUCUCCUUGUAUGUCCACAUGUAAGACAGAAACCUGUGACGAUUUAUCCCACCUUCGAGAUGGGUCUCGUUUAUGUGUUGAGGAUACUUGUAUCGAGGGGUGUGUCAUGAAGUCCUGUCCAGAUGGACAAGUCUGGAAAAAUAAUAGUUUCCAUAAUUGUGUCUCCCGAUCUGAUUGUAAACCCAUCUGUUUGGAGAAAGAUGGGAUCACUUAUUACGAAGGAGACACUGUCAGUAGUGAUUCUUGUCAGACUUGCUUCUGCAGUAGGGGUAAAGUAGUUUGUAACGGUGCACCUUGCACUACAACAGUGAAACCCACGACUGUUCCUAUGACUGAGGCUGAGAAAUGUGUCAGCGGGUGGACGCAUUGGGUGAAUACACAUUCUCCAAAGGGAGAGCAAGUCAAGGGGAUGAUCAAGGCUCCCGUAAAAGGUACGAAACGCUCUCAAAAAUCCAUCGAUGUUGAACCUCUUCCAACAUGGAUUGAUCUUACCUCAUUGAAAAACUCUUCACGUUGUCAGCAGAAUCUUAUGGUGGAUAUCAAAUGUAGAACAGUUAAUAAACAUUUAACUCCUAAAGAAACAGGCCUCGAUGUAGAAUGCAGUUUGGAAAGAGGAUUGUAUUGCCAAGGUCAUCACAAUGAAACUUGUCCAGAUUUUGAAAUCAGUGUUCUCUGUCAAUGCGAGGACGAAACGACUGAAUCUUCAACUACAACAACUCUCAAACCAGUAACAGAUGCACCUAGAGACGAGUGUAAAUUAGACACUUACACAUUCUCAAUUCAAGACUGCUCGGUAUUUUACGAGUGUGUUCCGACUGCUAAUAGAAACAAAUUGAUAAAGAAGACAUGCGGACCCACAAUGUACUUCAAUACUCAAUCAAAAACGUGCGACUGGCCUCAGAGUGUCGUCUUAUUCCGACCUGAAUGUAGACCACUCGUUCAGACAACAACAGAAGUUCCCCAGCGUUGUAAACCAGGUGAAAAAUUCGAACAAUGUGCAAUCGAUUGCCGCAGAACUUGUGACAUGUUCCAUCAUCUUUUAAUCGAUGAACAACUCUGUGGUAGUGGUACUGAAUGCAUUGCUGGAUGUGUUCAAGAUGAGAAUAGGUGUUCUUCUGAUAAAGUUUGGAGGGAUGCAGUAACUUGUGUGGAACCUCAAGACUGUCCUUGUAGAUCUAAUAAUGGAAAUUCUGUUAAACCAGGAGUUGUAGUCUAUGAAUCGGAGUGUAAGGUGUGCCAAUGUGUCAAUAAUUACUACAGCUGUGAUACAUCUCGCUGUGUAACGGAAGUCGUUACACCGGAGCCGUUAACAAGAACGAGUUUUCCUCCUACACCGAUCGAAGAAGUUACAACAAUUAUACCGAGUACUGUGACACCUCCAGAGGCUUGUGCUAGUGGAAAAUAUGAACAUUUACCAGGAAAAAUCAUUGUUGAUACAAUCAAUGAUGUGCCACUAAAAUCAUCAGUUGAGGCCCCAGUAAAAUCAUCAUCACUCAAAGAAUAUUGGGAACCAUUACAUCAAAACCGUGAACAGUUUUUGGAGAUCAAACUGAAACAAGUGGAACCAGUCUAUGGACUCACAGUACAAGGAAAUCCUGAGAAAGAACAAUUUGUAACAAGUUAUGCAGUUUUGUUUUCCCAAGAUGGCCGAACAUUUUCGUAUCUCCCUGACGAGUUUAGAGGUCCAAUCGAUGCUUUUAUUCCUGUCACUCAAAUGUUCCAUCAACCGAUUGAAGCCAAAUUCAUCAGGGUCAAUCCUAGAACUUGGGAGGGGGGAAUCUCGAUUAAAGUUGACGUCUUGGGAUGUCAAAACAUAACUGAAUCUACAACAAUGGAUAUUAUAUCGACUUCAGUCUACGAAGUGACAACUUUCGAACCUAUUUGUGACGAUCCAAUGGGACUUGAUAACGGGAUUUUAAUAGAGGAACAAGUCACAGCGUCUUCACAUUUAGAUUCCCUCAUUCCAAGCUUGAAAUUCUCGUCUCCAGGCAUCUGGAGACCACAGUUGGAUAAUCCUAAUCAAUUCGUCGAGUUCAAUUUUUUAGAGAAUAGAAAUUUGACGGGAGUGGAAACCAAGGGAGUGGAUAAUAUCUGGACAACCGCAUAUAAAGUAUUUUAUGCUACCAAUCCCCGUGAGUGGAACCCAAUCAUUGACUCAACAGGUGCCGAAAAAAUCUUCUUAGGUAACUUUGAUGAUGUCACGUCAAAGACAAAUUACUUCGAGUAUCCCAUCAAUGCUCAGUACAUUAAAAUUCAACCAGUUAAAUGGCAUAAUCACGUGGGGAUGAAAGUAGAAGUGCAUGGUUGCUUUGUGCCAUAUCCCCGCCCAACCACUUCUCUUCCAAAAAUGAUAGAAAGUCCUUGCAAUGUAUGCAGAGGGAUUUACACAAACUCCGAGGAUGAAUGUAAAUGUAAAGAGCCUUUAUUCUGGGAUGGAGUCACUUGUAUAUAUAAAGAAUACUGCCCUUGCAUCGCUAAAGGGAUUCCCUACAAAGUGGGUUCGAUAUACGAGACAGACGACUGUGAUAAGUGCACAUGUACUCUGGGGGGAAUCCCAGAGUGUGGAAAAAAGGUCUGCGAACCCUGUGAGGACCCAACGAUGAAGCCUUAUGUAACAGAAUUAUGUGGAUGUAUGUGCAAACCUUGUUCAGAGGGUCAAAAACUCUGUAAAACAAACCAAGUCUGUAUCGAUGAGACCCUAUGGUGUAAUGGAGUAAAGGAUUGCUCUGAUGAUGAGACUGGAUGUGUGACUCAACCACCUGAUGUGGUUGAAGGAACUUUUAAUAAAACUAUCACCAUAACAAAUACCACCGCAGAAAGGAACGUUACGAUUGUUUCAACAUGUAAAGUCCCUUCCUGUCCCCCGAACUUCAGAGUAGUCCCGUUGAAAGAACCAACUAAACCCACCAGACCACCUCCACCAUUUUUCGGAGGCUAUAAAAGUGGUCGAUUACAAAUGAGGGGAUUCAAUACGAUGAAACAAGUUCGAGGCUAUCAACGAGUUGGUAAACAACCAAGGAGGAAUGAUCUCAAUAUUCAGGAAGCCGAGGGAGAAUGUAAAGAGUACUCGUGUGUACCCAAGGAAUUUCCACCAAUACCUCCCGGUGGUGGAAAAAAUAAAGGAGAGUGUCUUAAGCCACAGUGCCCACUGAAUCAUCGAAUCGUCUUUGAGCCGCAGAGUAUGUACAAUCCACAACCAUGUCCAAGAUGGCGGUGCCAACCUCCUCGCGAGACAGAAGUUAUGUGUCAUAUCAAUGGGAAGAUGUUCACGACAUUUGAUAAGUUGGAGUAUAAAUACGACAUUUGUAAUCACAUUUUAGCAAGAGAUAUGUACUUCAAUAAGUGGUACAUAACUCUGGAGAACCAUUGUGAUAUUCUGAACAAACCAUGUAUCAAAGUGGUAGCGAUCGUCUUAGAUGGUGAUGUCAUUGUUCUCUAUCCGAACAAAUCCGUUGAGAUUAAUGAAUACACCUUCACUUCUGAGCAAAUAAAACAUUAUCAUGAUAAGAAAGGAGGAUUCAGGGUGUUCUUGGUGGGAAACAAGAUAAAUUUUUCAUCCCGUAAGUACGGAUUCUUUGUUGUUUUCAAUGAAGAUUCGAUUUGUAUUGGAGUCAAUCCAAGAUUAAAAGGCCGUAUCGAUGGUCUCUGCGGAUACUUUGAUGGAAACAUGAGAAAUGAUAGACAACGACCUGAUGGAGUCCAAGCGAAGACUAGUCCGAUGUUUGGAGAUAGUUGGGUGAUGGAUGGAACUCCAGAAUGUGACACUCAAGGUUGUUCCAAAGAAAUGUACGCUCAAGCUAAAGAAUUUUGUAAUACGAUCAAUGAUAAAUCCUUCCAGUCAUGUGGAAAUGUCCUCAAUAUGAAGAGCUUCUUCACAAAAUGUGUCGAGUCUAUAUGCAUGUGUAGCAAUUCGAAUAUAACAAUAGAUGAAUGCAGAUGUCGUUCAUUGACUUCUUUCGUCACGGAUUGUCAAGCCACAGAGGAGAAUAUUGACUUAUCUAGCUGGAGAGAUAUCUAUAAUUGCCCGAUACAUUGUCCAACUCCAUUCGUCUACAAGGACUGCUUUAGAAAUAAAUGUGAAGCUAGUUGUGAGAAUCUUCAAGAGAUUGAGCCCUGCCCCCGCAUGCCGGGAGUCUGUUUCCCGGGAUGUUUUUGCCCAGAUGGACUCGUCAGACACGGAGAAGAGUGUAUUACACCUACUGAAUGCCGUGACUGUGCGUGUGAUGGAUUUGGGAACACGAAUUUCAUGACAUUUGAUAGAAAGGACUUUACAUUUGCUGGGAAUUGUACUUAUAUUUUGUCUCGAGACAUAGUGAAACCACCUGAAGAAAGUAUUAAGACUGCAAAAGCUGUGAAAAGUACACAAAGCCAACCCGAAAGACAUACAUAUCAGGUAUUAAUGACGAACGUGCCUUGUGAAAGAGGCGUCUGCACUGACACAAUAGCAGUUAUCUAUAAAGGUCAUUUCUUGGAAAUGAAACAAGAUCAAAACUACCGGAAAACUCUCAUCACAUUCGAUGGUGAGCCAAUAGAAUCUAUUCCGCUGAAGAACUCGUGGCUUCAGAUUGAAGAAAUGUUACAGAAAAACAUCAAAAUUUCGAUACUUCCAAUCAAAUUAGAACUGACCAUUCAUAAACAUAACUUUGCCUUCAACAUUCGAUUACCAUCUCACAUUUUCGGCGCAGCUGUAGAGGGUCUCUGUGGGAAUUGUAAUGCGAAUAUCGAAGACGAUUUCAAGAAACCAAACGGAGAAAUCACAGAGAAUGUGUAUGAUUUUGGAAUGAGCUGGUUGGCAACUGGAUUACCCACAGCUCGAAUAUUGGAUGAGACAACGUGUACGAGUCAACCAGCAAGGUCUUGCCAACCUCCACUAUCUGCGCAAGACAUGUGUAUGACUUUGCUGAACCUGGAUAAAUUUGGCCAAUGCCAUAAACUUGUGAAUCCCACCCCUUAUGUUGAUUCCUGUCACAAUACUCUUUGCGACAAAGGAGAGAUCUGCGCGGAUUUGGAAAGAUAUGCAGAAGCGUGUAGAGAAGCUGGUUUCUGCCCAAAUUGGAGAACUUACGACCUCUGCCCUUUCACAUGUAAACAAGAUCUAGUCUAUCGAACAUGUGCACCCAGUUGUCCUGAUACCUGUCAGACUCUCAACACCGUCGACAAACCCAAAUGUUCAUAUACUUUGAUUGAAGGAUGUUUCUGCUCUGAGGGUGAUGUAUGGCACAAUGGUACAUGCAUGACUGAGAGGAACUGUUUCACGUGUGACGAUGAAGGACAUAUAGAUGGAGAUUUUUGGCAUCCAGACAAAUGUACAACUUGUUCUUGUGAUAAGAAGAAUGUUAAAUGUCAGACUACACAGUGUCCACUUGUGGAGACCAUCUGCGAGGAGAAUUAUACGCCAAUUUUGGUGAAAACGUCUGCAGAAGAGUGUUGUAAUAAAUACAGAUGUGCCCCAGUGCCGACCGUUCCACCAACUUGUUCAGAACCCCAGAUCUUGGAAUGUGCUUAUGGACAGAUUAUGAAGCUUACUAAAGGCCCUGAUGGUUGUUCCAAAUUCAUUUGCGAAUGUCUACCUCCCGAAGAAUGUCCCUUGAUUGAUAUUGAGUCGACGAACGAUGUUGAGAUACUGCUACCUGGGUACGUCCAAUCUGUCAAUACUUCUGGUUGUUGUCCCAGAAAAGAAAGCUAUUGUAUUCCAAAAACAUGUCCUCGUGUAAAUUGUCCUGAAUAUUAUACUAUCAAGAGUAAAAACAAUCCAGAGGCUUGUUGUCCCAUUCAUGAAUGUCAACCUCCCGAAAACUUUUGUCUUUAUCCGAAAAAUUCUGACAACCUUACAGAAUCAGUCGAAGGUGGAAAGACGAUUAUGAUACCUAAGAAGAUAGGUGAAGUAUGGAGCGACGGUUUAUGCCGAGAAUGUACAUGUGACCAAUCUCAAGGAACUCCUCAGUAUCACUGCACAACGACACUCUGUGAUGUAGUAGAGGUCCACCCUGACUAUCACGACUUCAGUCUGAAGUUCAAAGACAUAGGCGAGUGCUGUCCACAAUUCGAAAGAAUCGCUUGUAAAGAGAACACAACGAUUCAUGAAGUUGGAAGCACCUGGCAACCCAAUGGAAAUGAUGCAUGUCACAUCGAAAAAUGUGAAAAUACGACGUGGGGAGUUCAGAAGACAGUGAUGACACGAGAGUGUAUUCACAACUGCGAUCAAGGAUACGAGUAUAGAGCGCCUGAAGAUCCCGGCAUAAACUGCUGUGGAGUAUGUAUACCAAUUGCUUGCAUCGUCGAAGGUUCCGCAAAGAAAAUCAAUGAGGAAUGGCAAUCGGCUGAUUUCUGCACUAAUUAUACUUGUCUCUUGGAGAAUGAUAAACUGAGAGUAAAGGAAUCAGUCACAUCUUGUGAAAAUAUUGAUCAAAAUGAGAAAGAAAACUACGAAAUAUUAUGGGAACGAGUGCCAGGGGUAUGUUGUCCUAAACCCACAAGGAAUGCGUGUAAAGUGGACGAGAAGAUUCAUUACGUUGGGGAAACCUGGAAAAGUCCAAAAGAUCAAUGCCUCACAUUAACUUGCAUCAUUACUGGAGAACGACUUGAAUUGGAGAAAACCCAUCAGAGUUGCAACGAAACUUGUGAUCUUGGAUGGGAAUAUAUGAUUUCGAGCAAUGGAGAAUGUUGUGGGACAUGUAAACAAGCAUAUUGUGUUGAAAGAGGAGUUUUACAUCAACCUGGAGAAGUUUGGAGUUCUCAAGACAGUUGUGGGAAAUUCGAAUGCAAAGACAAUGGAAAUGGGUUAAUCAUUAAAGAAACUCAUCAAAGAUGCAACGAUAGUUGUGUGUUCGGUUGGGAAUAUCAAAGACCUGUAGAAGGAGAAUGCUGUGGAAGAUGUAAAGAAGCUUAUUGCAUUGAUAAGGGAGUUUUGCACCAUCCCAAUAGCGUCUGGAAGUCUACAGACGCUUGCUGGACGUACGAGUGUAAAUUCAAUGGGGAUCAAUUGAUGAUGGUUUCAAGUGCACCAACGUGCCCAGAUGUUCAAAAUUGUUCUGAGGAGAAUGUUUACACGGAUGGAUGUUGCAAAAAGUGUAGACCAAGGAUUGAAAGUAAGGUAGAAUGUGCGGCUGAAGUUCUUGAACCUCGUUUAACGCUGGGAAAAAUCAAACAGUACAGAUAUAAUGGGCUGUGUACUAACGAAAAAGAAAUUGCCGAGUAUACUGAGUGUCGUGGAACUUGUGAAUCUGAAAUCAAGUUUAAUCCUUCCAACUGGCAUCAGCAGAGUCUUUGCCAUUGCUGUCAACCCAAAGCUUUUAAACAGAUUAUUGUGCAGUUAGAUUGUGCUGAUGGAGAUGCAGUAAACGUAAACAUUUCUGUGCCUACUUCUUGCUCGUGCGAGGCUUGUAGCAGGAUGCAAACAUCUCAACUUCUUGUAAAGGGAAAAACGAAGAAUGGUCCGAAUCCAUUUGGGAAGCGUCCAACCAAGGGCUAAACUGGAACCAUUUGUUCUCGGAGGUUUGGUGUGAAAUUGAUGAUAAAUAAACGAUUCAACAAUUCUGGGAUAAUUAUGUGAAUGAGAUUUCAUUGUAAUGACGAAAAGAUGAGCACUUUCAUUUUCCAUUCGUAAUUAGCUUCUUACCUCUUUCAUUCUCCUGAGAUCUGCAUGAUGGAGAUACUGUAUGGCACAAUAAAAUAUUAAUAAAUUAAAUUUUCAUACUAUA